UGCUCACGUCACGGGGUCGGGUGUCUUCUCGGGUCCCCGUGAGCCGAGAGAGGCUAGGCCGGGUUCUGUCGGGACCGCGGGGCCGACCUUGGGCCCUGCCGAGGUUCCGCGAGGGGCCGGCCUGAGCUCGGCGGGCUCUUUCACUUGACCGGACCUAGCCGUUCGACCUAGCCGUUCGCGGCCCCAGAAGCUCCUGGAAAGAAGCCCCAGGUGUUUUGGAGCUGACUGCAAACUGUGUUUUUCUGUGGGCUCCAAGUUAAGAAGAAAAUUGUCGAAGCAGUGGUCUUCCAACUUCAGCGUGCAUAGGAAUGUUUUGGGGCCCUUGGUCAAAAUUAAGAUUUUUCAGUCCUCAGAUAGCAGACCCUACAUUAGCUGAAAUGGGAAAAAACUUGAAGGAGGCAAUGAAGAUGCUAGAGGACAGUCAGAGAAGAACAGAGGAGGAAAAUGGAAAGAAGAUCGUAUCAGGGGAUAUUCCAGGGCCACUCCAGGGCAGUGGCCAAGAUAUGGUGAGCAUCCUCCAGCUAGUCCAGAACCUCAUGCAUGGAGAUGAAGAUGAGGAGCCCCAGAGCACUCGAAUCCAGAAUAUUGGAGAACAAGGUCACAUGGCUUUGUUGGGGCAUAGUCUGGGAGCUUAUAUUUCAACUCUGGACAAAGAGAAGCUGAGGAAACUUACAACUAGGAUACUUUCAGAUACCACCUUAUGGCUGUGCAGAAUUUUCAGGUAUGAAAAUGGCUGUGCUUAUUUCCACGAAGAAGAAAGAGAAGGACUUGCAAAAAUCUGUAGGCUUGCCAUUCAUUCUCGUUAUGAAGACUUUGUAGUGGAUGGAUUCGAUGUGUUAUAUAACAAAAAACCUGUAAUAUAUCUUAGUGCUGCUGCUAGACCUGGCCUGGGCCAAUACCUUUGUAAUCAGCUCGGCUUGCCCUUCCCCUGCUUGUGUCGUGUGCCCUGUAACACUAUGUUUGGAUCCCAGCAUCAGAUGGAUGUUGCCUUCCUGGAGAAACUGAUUAAAGAUGACAUAGAACGAGGAAGACUACCUCUCUUGCUUGUCGCAAAUGCUGGAACUGUAGCAGUAGGACACACAGACAAGAUUGGGCGAUUGAAAGAACUCUGUGAACAGUAUGGCAUAUGGCUUCAUGUGGAGGGUGUGAAUCUGGCAACAUUGGCUCUAGGUUAUGUCUCCUCAUCAGUGCUGGCUGCAACUAAAUGUGACAGCAUGACGAUGACUCCUGGCCCGUGGCUGGGUUUGCCAGCUGUUCCUGCAGUGACACUCUAUAAACAUGAUGAUCCUGCCUUGACUUUAGUUGCUGGUCUUACAUCAAAUAAACCAGCAGACAAACUCCGUGCCCUGCCACUGUGGUUGUCAUUACAAUACUUGGGACUUGAUGGGAUUGUGGAGAGGAUAAAGCAUGCCUGUCAACUGAGUCAACGAUUGCAGGAAAGUCUGAAGAAAGUGAACCACAUCAAACUCUUGGUGGAAGAUGAACUCAGUUCUCCAGUAGUGGUGUUCAGAUUUUUCCAGGAAUUAAUAGGCUCAGCGUCAGACCCGGUAUUUAAAGCUAUCCUGGCACCCAACAUGGCACCUUCAACAGUCGGCCGGGAGAGACACUCCUGUGACGUGUUGAAUCGCUGGCUGGGAGAACAGCUGAAACAGCUGGUGCCUGCGAGUGGCCUCACUGUCAUGGAUCUGGAAGUUGAGGGCACAUGUGUGCGCUUCAGCCCUUUGAUGACAGCAGCAGUUUUAGGAACCCGAGGAGAGGAUGUGGAUCAGCUUGUAGCCUGCAUACAAAGCAAGCUGCCAGUCCUGAGCUGUACACUGCAGCUGCGAGAAGAGUUCAAGCAGGAAGUGGAAGGAACGGCAGGUCUCUUAUAUGUUGACGACCCUAACUGGCCUGGAAUAGGGGUUGUCAGGUAUGAACAUGCUAAUGAUGAUAAGAGCAGUUUGAAAUCAGAUCCUGAAGGGGAAAAAAUCCAUGCUGGACUCCUGAAAAAGUUAAAUGAACUGGAAUCUGACCUUACAUUUAAAAUGGGCCCCGAAUAUAAAAGUAUGAAGAGCUGUCUUUACAUUGGCAUGACGAGUGACGACACAGACAUUUCUGAGCUUGUGGAGACCAUUGUAGUCACAGCGCGGGAAAUUGAGGAAAACUCAAGGCUUCUGGAAAACAUGACCGAAGUUGUUCGGAAAGGAAUUCAGGAAGCUCAGGUUGAGCUGCAGAAGGCAAAUGAGGAACGACUCAUGGAAGAGGGAGUGUUGCGGCAGAUACCUGUAGUGGGCUCUGUGCUGAAUUGGUUUUCUCCAGUACAAGCUUUGCAGAAGGGAAGAACUUUUAACUUAACAGCAGGCUCUCUGGAGUCCACAGAACCCAUCUACGUCUACAAAGCACAGGGUGCGGGAGUAACACCGCCUGCAACCCCCUCAAGCAUUCGCACGAAACCGAGACUUCCAGGCCAGAAGCCUUUUAAAAGGUCCCUGAGAGGUUCGGAUGCUUUGAGUGAGACGAGCUCAGUCAGUCACAUUGAAGACUUAGAAAAGGUGGAGCACCUGUCCUGUGGGCCAGAGCACAUCACUGUAGAGGCCAGCAGCCCUGAGGGACACCCAGGGGCUCCCAUCCCAGAGAAGGCCGACCAGACUGCGGCCCAGUGCCCAGAAGAUGGCUGCCCACAGAUGGGGAAACCAGGGUCCAGAGAUGUAAGACUUACCCAACCUGUAAAUUCUCACCUCUAGUAUUUGCUUAUCAUCUUGCUGCAACCAGAAAUCCACAUGUGGAAAUGGCACCCAGGAAAACGGUUCUAUGCGAAGUUGUUCUGUCUUUGCAUCGUAGAUGCUAAUCAUCUAAAGAACAUUUCAAGGAUAGAAGUUAAGGAAUGUUACUACCCACUCCUCAAACCCUACCAUUAAUGCAAGCUCCAGUGUAGUCUAGUAUUUAAGGCAUUUAUCUGGAUGAUAAGCUUCUUAAAGAUUUUGUCUUGAACAACAACAAAAGCUGCCACCUACUGAACACUUCCAAUGUGUCUGCUGCUGCGCUCUGUGGGUAACAUACGUUAUUGUGUUUGGUCCCACAACAAUCCUGCAAGAAGGUGGCAUUUUUUCCCAAUUGGGGUGAAAACUUGACUCAGAGGGACAGGGCACAUUUCCCAGGUCACGUGUCCAGUAAACCUCAGAGCUGAGCCUCAAACCAGGUGUCGCUGACGAAAGACCAUGCUCUUCAUUGCUACAUAAAACAUUGCCUUAUUAUUUAUACCAAAAGCAACUAAUUACCUUGCAAUUUAAAAGCACACAAUGCCUGCUGCCUCAUCAAAAGAAAGGAAAAGCCAACUUGUUAAAAAAGCUACCUUGCCAAACGAUCAACUCCCUGAAUUCCCAAAUUUGCUGAUGGCAGGUUCCAGCUUACCCAGCAAUAUGCAACUGUGGUCACUGAGACUGAACUAUGUUCUGAACGUUAACUACAUUAAGGCCAUUAUGCUACUUGAGAAAUUACAAGAAGAAUCCUGAAAAGGUUACAGUGUUGGCAAAACAAAUCAUUCUAAAUCCAAACACAUUUUCCAAUACAAAUGUCAGCAUUUCAUAAAUGA